AUGUUGCGACCGGUGAUUCGGCUAGCCAGAGCGGCGCAACCCGUGGCCGCCCACAGAACGCUCUUCACGGAAAGCGACACGUGUGUGCGAGUCUUCAACACCAUCGACCAGGUGCGAGCAUGGAGACGUGAGAAGACCCUUCUGGGCCAAUCGAUUGGCUUUGUUCCCACCAUGGGAGCUCUUCACCGGGGCCAUUUGGACCUGGUCAAGGCAUCAAUUGCCGAAAACGACCACACCAUUGUCUCCAUCUUUGUCAACCCUUCGCAGUUUGCACCCCAUGAGGAUUUCGGCCAGUACCCUCGAACUGUUGAUUCCGACGUGGCCAAGCUGACGGAGCUGCGGAACUCCAUCCAGACUGACGAACAGGUGCAUUACACAAACGAAUUCGCCGUUUUCGCACCCUCCGUCAACGAAAUGUACCCUUCUGGUAUCCCUCUGGAUGUCAAGGAGCAGGUGGGAGCCUUCAUUGAGGUCAAGGGCCUGAGCCACCAGCUGGAAGGAUCCAUUCGACCCCAUUUCUUCCGAGGUGUCGCCACCGUGGUCACCAAGCUGCUCAACAUUAUCCAGCCGGACCGGGCAUAUUUCGGCCAGAAGGACGCCCAGCAGUGUGUGGUGGUGUCUCGUCUGGUGGCUGAUCUGCACAUUCCCACAGCCAUUACCAUUGUGCCUACCACGAGAGAGGCCAAUGGAUUGGCUAUGAGCUCACGAAACGUGUACCUGACGGAAGAAUCCAAGGACAAGAGCAAAGUGCUCUACGAGGCUCUGACUUCAGCUCAGCACAUGUUCAGGGAUACCCCCAACGUCACCUACGGAGACAUUCGAAAGAAGGUGCUCGACACCAUUGCGGCCUCGGAGUUCUCCAUUGACGUGGAGUACGUCAGCGUCAGCGACAAAAAGACCCUCAUAGACUACCCGCUAGACGAGGCCGUCAACAAGGACGACGGCUGUCUCAUUUCUGCUGCAGUCAGAGUCCCCAACAAGGACGGAGCAAAGACUAGAAUCAUUGACAAUGUUCUGUGUUAA